AUGUCUGGAUCAGUGGCAUCGGAUGAGACUAGCGAAAUGGUGUUGAUCACAGGUAAUUCGCAUCCGCAGUUGGCAAAAUUGGUUGCGGAUCACCUGCAAAUACCUUUGGCAGAUGCUGUUUGUUACAACAAGCCUUGCCGGGAAACGGAAGUGGAAAUUCGACAAAGUGUACGCGCGAAAAAUGUUUUUAUCCUGCAGACCGCAUCCAAAGAUGUCAACAACGAUAUCUGGGAGGUCCUAAUUCUGGCGUAUACUUGUCGAACCGCUGAUGCGAAAACGAUCACCGUUGUUAUGCCGUUUUUGCCGUACUCGAUGCAGUGCCGAACAUCCAGGAGAUCGGCAAUUCCGAUGAAAUUAGUAGCGGAUAUGAUAUGCAAAGCCGGAGCCACUCGAGUUGUUUCUCUUGAUCUGUACAGGAAAGAGAUUCAAGGAUUUUUCGGGGUUCCAGUGGAGAAUCUCCGCUCGUCGCCAUUCCUUUUGCACUACAUAUUCCGCAAUAUUCCGGACUACAGAAAUGCUGUGGUUGUUGCGAAAAGUCCCAAAGUUAUGCAUAAAGCAGCAAGCUAUGCCGAUCGACUCAGGUUAUUUUUUGGAAAUUCCGGUAUAAAUCCCGAUUUCGCGGUUGGUUUGCUCGGAUCUGCAACACGUAUAGGUUGA